AUGCAGGACGCUUCGGGUCAGCCAGAGCAAGGCAAGAUGAGAAGAGCGAGAUCUCGCGCCGACGUCAACGUCGAGGGCGAGCUGGAUCUGCGCGGCUUCCUCUGCCUCCGUUCGGAUCCUGAUCUUCUUGACGAGGCGCCUGAUGAUCUUGUGGUGACGCUGGCUGCUCUACGGAGGGCUUUGGAGGAAGAAUCAGACCAACACAUGUUCGAGACGAAUAAAGCCAAGUUCAACCAGAGGCAAAGGCAAGCCUACCUCACGGAGGGACUAGACGUGGGCAUUGUGCUGGUGAUCGCGGUGAAUGCUAUCGUGAUCGGUAUCGGAGCGGACAAUCCACAGCACAUCAUGACCUGGGAGAUCUUAGAGGUUGUUUUCUUCCUGAUCUACCUGGCGGAGUGUAUCGUGAAAAACCUUUGGUGGGGAAUCAAGAUUUACUUCU